GCCGCUGGGAAAGCUGCUGCCUGAAGCUUUGCAGAACUGCUGCUCCCGAAGCCAUGAAGGAGUCCCGGCAUCGUAAGGACAACAGGCGCCCGGACCUCGAAAUCUACAAGCCUGGCCUCUCCCGCCUGCGGAAUAAGCUGGCCUCAGCCAAGCAGGAGGCCGCCUCUUGGCCAGAGGCAGCCAAGGCCGGGUCAGCUGGAGACGAGGGGACCCCUGUGGCUCCUGGAAAGGAGGCUCCGCAGGUCUCCCCAGGCCUGCAAGGAGGCAGCAGCCAGUACCUGAAUGGAAUCUCGGAAGGCGGUGCCGAGGCAGGGGGUGCCCAAGCCCAGGGAAGCACCGCCGAGGACUGGUGUCCGCGGCUGAUCCGGCGAGCCAAGAAACCCGACCAGCAGAUCUACCAGCCAGGGAAACGCCUGCAGGCCGCCUCCAAGGAGCCCACCGCUGAGGACCCUGCCGGCAAGGGAGAGGGAGGCAAAGAGCCCGAGCAGGAGGCCGGCAGGGGCGGUGAGGUCGUCAGGAAGGCCGACACCCCGGAAGGGAGGGAGCGCAGCCGGAGCAAAGCAGGGCCCCAGCCUGCCUGGGGGGAGAAGGGCAGGCGGACCGAGAGGCCGGGCCGAGCCAAGAAAGGCAGCGGGGAGGCAGCCCACGGCAAGGCCAGCGCCCCCAAGCGCUACUCGCGCUCCGACAAGCGCCGGAACCGAUGCCGCACCUGCAGCACCAGCUCGGCCGGGAGCAGCAACAGCGCGGAUGGGGCCCAUGGGGAGGCGGAGGCAGGGAAGAGGCGGCCCGAGCCGGCCAAGGAGCGCCGUCGCCCGCGGACGCAGCUCUCUGCCUCCUCCACAGACUCCCUGGGCGAGGACCGAGCGGAAGAGGCGGAGGCCUGCAGCCUCGGCAAAGACUUCGAGGCGAGGCGGCACCGGGAGCACGGCUGGCUUCCCGGGACCAGUGAGGGGAGGGAGCCCAAGGGGGGGCAGCCAGGGAGCCGGGCCGCCCCCCGGGGACCCGCCGCGGCGGAGGCCGACCCACAGAAGCGCAAGCCCUCCGGGGCCGGCCUGAGCGACGGCUCGGGGGCGCCAGCGGAGGGGAAGCCCCACGGGAGAGGCCGCGGCAUCCUGGUGCUCCCGGCCCACAUGGACCUGACCACCGGCACAGCUGGCUCGCCGGAGGCCCUCCACUCGGGGGGGCCCCGGCUCCUUUUGGGGGGGGCCAGCGGCAAAGGCGCCCGGGGCAGGGGCCGGGGAGGCACCACCCGCCGGCUCUGGGAUCCCAACAAUCCGGAGCAGAAGCCGGCGCUGAAGAACCAGACCGGCCAGCUGCACUUCCUCGACACCGACGACGAGCUGAGCCCCGUGCCCCGGGGCGAAGCGCGCCAGGCGCAGGCCUCGUAUUACCGCUUCCAGAACUCGGACAACCCCUACUUUUACGGCCGGCCGGUGGGCCAGGCCCCCCAGUACUCCUACACGGGGUAUCCCCUUCCGUAUCAGGUGGGCACCAGCAACGGGGUGUACCCUGCGGCGUACUAUCCUGCCGGCUACCCCAGCCCGGCGGAGCCCGUGCUCUGCAGCCCGCUCCUGGCCAGCCCCCUGCCCGCCGAAGUGGAGCCGCAGGUGCGCAGCCUGCAGCAGCAGGAGCUCGGCACGGUCCUCCGCGAAGCCUGCAACCUGGAGCAGCAGCUGAGCAACCUCCUGUCCCGCGAGCGGCUCAGCCCCGAGGGCCUGGAGAAGAUGGGGCAGCUCAGGGCCGAGAUGCUGCAGCUGUACGAGCGCUGCCUCCUGAGCGACAUCGAGUUCGCGGACGCCCAGAACGUGGACCAGCUGCUCUGGAAGAACGUCUUCUACCAGGUGAUCGAGAAGUUCCGGCAGCUGCUCAAGGACCCCCUGGCGGAGAAUGGCCCGGAGAUCCGCAGCACGCUCCUGCAGCUCCUGGACGAGGGCACCGUCUUCUUCGACAACCUGCUGCAGAAGCUGCAGGUGACGUACCAGUUCAAGCUGGAGGACUACAUGGACGGCAUGGCUGUUCGCAGCAAGCCCCUGCAGAAGAUGGUGAAGUACGCACUGAUCAGCGCCCAGCGGAGCCUGAUCUGCCAAGGGGACAUCUGCCGGUACCGGGAGCAAGGCAGCGACAUGGCGAAUUACGGGAAGGCGCGCAGCUGGUACCUGAAGGCCCAGCACAUCGCCCCGAAGAACGGCCGCCCGUACAACCAGCUGGCCCUCCUGGCUGUCUACACGAGGAGGAAGCUGGACGCCGUUUACUACUACAUGCGCAGCCUGGCCGCCAGCAACCCCAUCCUGACCGCCAAGGAGAGCCUGAUGAGCCUCUUCGAGGAGACCAAGCGCAAGGCGGAGCAGAAGAAGAGCCCCAGCCGCCGGGCCCAGAGCAAGCCGCCCGCCUUCCGGCCCUCCGGGGACGACGCCACCCGCCUGGAGCGCUGGAUCCACCCCUCCCACCCGCGCGCCGGCCAGGGGCACGAGUCGGGCCGGGACUCGGAGCAGGACGGCGGGCUGCGGAGCCUCAGCCCCAGCGACCUGAACAAAAGACUCGUCCUGAGUUUUCUCCAUGCCCAUGGGAAGCUGUUUACCAGGAUUGGGAUGGAGACGUUCCCGGCCGUGGCCGCCGAGGUCCUGAGCGAGUUCCAGGCCCUGCUGGAACACAGCCCCUCACCCAUUGGGAGCACCCGCCUGCUGCAGCUCACUGCCAUCAACAUGUUCGCCGUUCACAACUCGCAGCCCAAAGAGUGCCUCUCGGAAGACUGCCGCUCGGUGAUUCAGGAGCAAGCCACGGCCCUGGGUCUCGCCAUGUUCUCCAUGCUGGUCAGGCGCUGCACGGCCCUGCUGCGGGAAGCCUCUCUGGCAACCACUCAGGCCCAGGAGGGCGCGGAGGACGACGAGGGCAUCAAGGUCUCCGCUUUGCCGCAGGACCUGAAGGAGCUCCUGCCCAGCAUCAAGGUUUGGUCGGACUGGAUGCUCGGCCACGCGGACACCUGGAACCCCCCGCCCAGCACCCUGGAGCUGCCCAGAGCGGUCUCCGUGGACGUGUGGGCGACGCUGGCCGACUUCUGCAACAUCCUGACGGCCGUGAACCAGUCCGAGGUGCCGCUCUACAAGGACCCCGACGAGGACCUGUGCCUGCUCAGCCUGGAGGAGGACCGGCUGCUCUCGGGCUUCGUCCCGCUGCUCGUCGCCCCGCAGGAGCCCUGCUACGUGGAGAAGUCCUCGGACAAGGCUAUCGCAGCGGACUGCAAGAGGGUCACAGUGCUGAAGUAUUUCCUGGAAGCCCUUUGUGGCCAAGAGGAGCCAUUGCUGGCAUUCAAGGGUGGAAAGUAUGUCUCCGUGGCCCCCGUCCCAGACGCCAUGGGAAAGGAAGCCUCCGGCCAAGAGGGGAAGAAGCUGGAAGAUCAGGAGGAUGACAUCCGGAUCGAGGCCUUCGAGGACGACUCGGAGGCUGACGGGAGCGGCGGGGAGCUGGACAUCCGGGAGCUGCGGGCCAAGAAGCAGGCGCUGACCCGGAAGGUGGCCGAGCAACAGCGGCGCCAGGACAAGAUCCAGGCGGUGCUGAAGGACCAGGCGCAGGUGCGGCAGAUGGAGCUGGAGAUCCGGCCCGUGUUCCUGGUCCCGGACACCAACGGCUUCAUCGACCACCUGGGCAGCCUCGCCAAGCUGCUGGACUGCCGCCAGUUCAUCCUCGUGGUGCCGCUGAUCGUCAUCAACGAGCUGGACGGGCUGGCCAAGGGGCCCGAGCUGGAGCAGCGGGGCGGGGGCUACGCCCGCCUGCUGCAGGAGCGCGCCCGCACGGCCGUCGAGUUCCUGGAGGGCCGCUUCGAGCAGCGCGACACCUGCAUGCGGGCCCUGACCAGCCGCGGGAACGAGCUGGAGUCCAUCUCCUUCCGCAGCGAGGACAUCUCCAGGCAGCAGGGGAGCAACGACGACCUGAUCCUCUCGUGCUGCCUGCACUACUGCAACGACAAGGCCAAGGACUUCAUGCCGGCCAAGAAAGAUGACCCGAUCCGGCUCUUCCGGGAGGUGGUGCUCCUGACGGACGACCGCAACCUGCGCGUCAAGGCCCUGACCCGCAACGUGCCCGUGCGAGACAUCCCCACGUUCCUGCGGUGGGCGCAGGAGGGCUGAGGGCGCGGGGCUGCCCGCCGGAAGCUCCGCGGCUCUUGGCCGGCAGCAGGGCUGCCUCGAGGCCUGGCACGGAACGACUGCCGCCGGCACCACCACGCCGCCACCGCCGCCGCCGCCUCCCCGGGACCCUCCAGCGAACAAUAAACGCAGCAUCUCCAACCCGCCCCAGAAUGGCCGUGCUGUGGGGGUGAGAAAGCGGCGGCCCGCCGGGAAGGGGCUGCCGCGGAGGGCUGACGGCAGGCGGGGCCCCCGGGCCUGCGCACAGGGAGGAAGCGCGAGGGUGGCCCAGGGCCGGCCCGAGGCCCUUGCAAGCCGGGCCCGUGUCUGCGGCCCCCGGAGCGCACGGCCGGCCUCCGCCUCUUGCCAUCGUCCUGGGCCUGCCGGGCUCCCUGCAGAGCCCCCGCCCACGGCUCUUUCCCAGCCCCUCCCCUCGACCUGCACCCCCCCCCCACUGUCCCUUCCUGCCCCGGGGACGGGGACAUGCGGUCCCUCGCGGGCUCGCCCCUGGAGCAGAGCCGGUGCUGUGGGCCUCGGGGGUCGGAGCGUGUGGCAGGGCUGUGAGCAGGGGGCGGGGGCCCUCGGGGGGGAGACACGGCAGGCCGCAGACCCAGAGUCGGGUGUCCACGCAGAGAACCCCCCUGGCUGAGAAGCACCGGCGGCACCUUCGAACGGUGGCGGUUGCGGGUGGGGGCCGCAGCCCCAGGGCUUCUUUGGCGCCAUGCCCAGAGGAGGAGUUGAAGUCGCAGCUCCGCCGCCGCCCCCCCCCAGGGCCUUCAGGGCCCCGCGUGCGCGUGUGGAAGGGAAGGGCCCCCGCGGCGGCCUGGGCUCGCGACGCAGGCGGGCCCUGCUGCCGGCUCAUCCAGAGAGGGGCGAGGGCUCCUCGCUUGCGCCCCGGAGCCGGGGGCCGUCCCCCGGGAGGGGCCGCCCGGCCAGCCCUCCUGGCUCUCACACAGGGCUCGCCACCGUGUUUGUUCUGUUGUUUUCUUAAUAAACCUUCUAGGGAACGCU